AUGGCAACCUCUCCUCCCGGGUCGCCUGCGAAUGGCGUUCCCAGGCCCAUGAGCGCCAUGAUCCGCUCCAACGGCAGCUCGAGUCGCCUGAGCAUGAGCAGCAAGCAGGGCGGUGGAAGCAGAGCCUCAGACGAGGACAGCAAGACCGCCGUCAAAGUCGUUGUCAGGGUCCGGCCUCCACUACAGGCAGGCGAGCCAGGCUUUGAAUUGAUUCCACAGCGCUUUCGUUCAGCGACCUGCCAUGUCACGACGCCUUCUAGUCUGGCCGUCGACGCAUCUGGUGGCAGGAAGGUCUUCGUCUUCGAUCGUGUCUUUGGCCCGGAUGUUGAUCAAGAGGGCAUCUUUGAGUACAUGGCCGAUAGCGUCAACUCGUUUGUCCAAGGGUACAAUGUUUCUAUACUUGCAUAUGGACAGUCUGGUGCUGGCAAGUCGUACACCAUGGGUACAACAGGACCGCGCGACCAGGCAGAUGCAGAUGUCAUGGGUAUCAUUCCUCGCGCAGCAGCAUUGUUGUUCGAGAAGCUCGAAGGCUCCAGCAACAGAGCCUCCUCAUCAGGUAUCCGCGUCCCAAGUCGCCUGUCAGGCAUCCAGAAUCUCUCGGCCAAGUCUUCAUCCAAUAAGAACUGGCAACUGAAAGCAACCUAUGUUGAAAUUUACAACGAGCAUUUGCGCGACCUUCUCCUCCCAGAAAACAUAUCUCUUGGUGAACGGCCCCAAGUCAACAUCCGCGAAGACCGGGACGGCCGCAUACUCCUCACCGGACUUACACAAACAUCAAUCAAUUCCGUCGAUGACCUGCUGAGUGCGCUCAACUUCGGGUCCGCUAUCCGACAGACCGACGCCACAGCUGUGAACGCCAAAUCCUCACGCUCUCAUGCUGUCUUCAGUCUGAACCUUGUGCAAAAGAAGUCCUCGCCCAUGCCAACGGCAACUCGUGAGAAGCGACGUUCAGUGCCCAUCGAAAUGAUGUCUGGCUCAUCAAACGACAGCUGGAUCACAGUUGACAGCAAGCUGCACUUUGUAGAUUUGGCUGGAAGUGAGAGAUUGAAAAACACAGGCGCGCAGGGCGAGAGGGCAAAGGAAGGCAUUUCCAUCAAUGCCGGACUGGCGAGCCUGGGCAAGGUCAUUUCACAACUAUCUGCUCGCUCUCAAGGUGGUUACGUAUCCUACCGUGACUCGCGACUGACACGUCUCUUACAAGACUCCCUCGGCGGCAACGCCAUCACAUACAUGAUUGCAUGUGUAAACCCCGCCGAAUUCCACCUGAGUGAGACACUCAAUACCGUCCAAUACGCGCAACGCGCUCGCGCUAUCCAAGUCAAGCCACAAAUCCAACAAGUCCAUGACGAUAGUGACAAACAGGCUGCUAUUGAACGUCUCCGUGCGGAAGUUCAAUUUCUGCGGGACCAGAUCCGAAUCUCUGAGCGCACGGACCGGAAGAAAGCCGACCCUCAGGAGCGCAGUGAGCGACAACAGGAGCGUGAGAUGGAGUUGCAAAAUCAACUGCUGGACAUUCAAGAGAAUUACAAUGCUCUAAACGCUCGUCAUGCCAAGUUGAUUUCCGAAAUCACCAAGGCUCGUGACAAUGAGGAAGCAGACACGCCAAUGCUGAAGGAUGCCAUUGGGGACUCUGCUCUUGAACGUUUGAAGCGUUCCAACUCCUUUGCAGAGGCUGUUGAAUCUGUGGUCCUCGAGUAUGAGAAAACGAUACAGACCUUGGAGUCUUCUCUCCAGAACACUCGAACCUCGUUAUCUGCUCACGAGAGCGAUUUAAUGGAGAAAGAAACGCGCAUCGCCAUCCUCGAGAGUCAAAACCACCAAUUGCAGGCACGCAUUCAGAAAGCCAUGGAUCGUGACGCAAACAACGAGGAGUAUGUCAAGCAACUGGAGAGCCAGAUCGAUAACUCGGCCAACGGCAUCGAGAAGAAUGACACCACGAUUAGUGAUCUGCGGGAGAAGCUGCAGAGGGCUCGAGAGAAUGAGUCUAGCUGUGAGGAGUAUAUUUCGACUCUAGAAGAGCGCCUCGCAGAAAAUGAACAGGAGGUAGAGAUCAUGACGCGGGAGAUUGAACGCCUCAAGCACGUUGUUGAGCGACAGCGUAGCGUUGGCAAACUCGAUAACCUUCUCUACGAGCUCGAUACAAUGCGUCAAACUGAUGCAAAGGCUGAGGAAUCUCACGUCAAUGGCCAUUCCAAGUCUGGCAGCGAUCCAUUCAUCGAUAAGCGGCCACAGAUUGAGAGACGUGGCACAGGCGAGAUUUCGAACCGAUUCAACACACCAGUUGAGGUCAUUGCAGAAGAACCUGAUGCGGAGCGUCCCUCGACAGCUGGAAGGGAAUCUGACAUUGUGAACGUAGUGGUGACUGAUGGUGUCUCUCUCAAGGAUCUAGCGCCAGAAGAUGGUCAAGAUGAACCGUCAAGCCCAGCGCAGAGUCGCUUUGUUCACGACAAACUCGACUCAGUCACACAAGAAUUGUUUGAUCUCCGGGUGGAACACGAGGGGACUCUGCAAGAUUAUGAGAAGCUUGCCAGUAAAUAUCAAGAAGCCCUACGGACAUUGGCGGCCUUGCAAGAUACUGUGGAUGAGGCACGUCACCGUGGCCCAGCCUCCGUGCAAUCCUCCCGUCCAACUUCUUUCCUAGGUCCAGCAGCUACCGACGGCUUGAAGCCAGAGGAGCCUUCCACAUCACGGACAUUAUCCGCAGAGUUGUCCAUGUUGGAGGCUGAGAACAUUCCACUACCAGAAGAUGAGACUGAGGGUGGCCAUGAGGAACUCGACGAGGAGCGAUCUUCAUUCGGCUCUGCAGAUGGAACUCAGCAUAUUCCAGAGGCAGUUCUCGUUCAGGAGCUGAAGGCUUUGAAGCUGCUGCACAACGAGAAGGAAGAGCGCAUGGUCGAGCUCCAUCGACGCUACUCUGAACUGCAGGAGGAACACCAAGACACGCUGGAUUACGUUGAGGAACUCAAGUCGGAGAUCACAAAGGCGCAGUUGAAUCGCCCAGCUUCGCCUUCGGUACAUAUGAUCCGUCGCAAGUCCAGUCAAGCCGUUCUCGCAAACGACCGCUCAAAUCGUGCCUUUGCAUCGCUGCGAAACAUGGCGUUGGACACGUUUGAGGAGGAGCCCGACACAGUCCAAAACUUUGAAAUCAACCUCAACACUAUCAUGUCCGAGCUACAUCUCCGAUCCGAGCGGGUACAAGAACUCGAGGCCGAGGUCGCUUUGGUCCGGAAAGAGAUGGAAGGCAAGAUGACCUUGAUCAGCGGCCUCACCAAGGAGCGUUCCAGUAUGAAAGCAGGAUCGCCCCUUGACAUUUCCCUUGUUGCUUCGAUGCAAGAUCAAAUGAAGCAAAAUGAGGACCACAUCAAGGAACUCAAGGACGCCCACAUCCAACGCGAGCAGGAGCUUCAGGAGCAGAUUGAGUCAUUGAAGGCCUCGACCAGGCUGCCCGAUUCGCCGGAUGGAAGCUCGACCUCUCGACAACUUGGUGAUGAGAUCAACACAUCAGAGGAUGCUUCCACCCGUCAUGCUCAACUCAACCAACUGAGUGAUGAAGCUGCGCAUUGGCAGUCAAAGCAUCUUGAAGUCAUCGAGGCUACCAAGGCCUCUGAAAGGCAGCAUCUCGAUACUGUUCGAGAGCUAGAGACAGCCAAGCAACGACUGGAGGUAGAUCAUGCUCUUCGCAUCUCUGAAAUAGAGCAAUCCAAGAGCGUCGAAUCGGAGGUCGCUCUAGAGCAGGAGCGUGCAAAACAUGCUGAGCUUAUUGCUGCCCUGCAAGCUGAGGUUGAUGAGCACCGUGCCACAGCUUCCAACAAUGCAACUCGUCUUGCUGAGCUUGAGGCAUCUCAUGCAAGCAUCAUUCAACAAGUGGAAGAGAAUGCAGAGGCAAGAGCUCUCACUGAAAAGGAGCUUGAUACUCACAAGUCUCUUGUUGCAAAUCUUGAGCGUCAAAUUGAUGAGCACAAGGCCGCCAUUGAGUUCCAUCAACAAGGCAUGGACUCUAUGCACAAGACACAUGCUGCAGAGCUUGAAAAAUUGACAUCCGAGUUGACGGCACACCAGCAGUCGAGAGACUUGCUACAAGCCGAUCUCUCCAAGACCAAGCAAGAUCUUGAUAACCUACUUGAGGGCCUAUCAAAUGCUCUUGGUGAAGAGACGGAUAUCACCAAGGUGCAGAGUCAGAUCGAGACUUUAAUUAACGAAAGGAAGUCAAUUACAACACAACAUGAGCAAGCCGUCAGCGACCUCGAGGCAGCAAGGCAAGAGCUCAGCCAGGCUACCGCCACCAUUGGCACUCUCAAGAAUAACCUGAAGGAGUUCGAGCUCAUCAAUGCAGAAACGAUCAAAGAGCUGGAAAAGGUCAGUGAUAAGGAACUCAAGAGCUCUCGUCUGGUACAGGAACUCGAGGACCAGCUGAACCAGAAUUGGGACCAGCACGAAGCUGCAAACAACCGUCUCUCGGCUCUCCAGACUGAGCGCUCUCGUGAACUCCAAGACGCCAUUGUGCAUGGCGAAACGCUGCACAGAGAAGUUGAAGAAUGCCGCAUUAAGAUCGCACUCCUGGAGUCUCAACUCGUGGACGCGAAGCGUAACUCUAACCGUGGAUCCAUGGACCCGCGAGAGGAUCUUCAACGCUCCAACUCCAACAACUCAAAUGCACGCAAGAGCACAGCGCAUACUUCAUUGCCGUCGCCACCGCCUGCUAUUCCCCUUCCUCCUCUACCUCCAGGUAGUCCUCCAGCUAACGGGCCAUCACCUCCUACAUCUCGCCACCAGAGCAAGGAUAUUGCCCAUGCUCAGCUUGUUGAGGAUCAGGAAGCUCGUAUCCGCACAAUCGAGAAACACCUGUUCGCCGAGAAGCAGCUUACUGCUACCCUGGAAGAUGCUCUGACGGAUCUCGAGGCAUCCAGCAGCAAAACAAAGCAAGAGUUGGAAGUGAUGAAGAAGAGGUGCACCACUCUCGAAGAAGAGCUCAAUGUCAUGCGCAAAGAACGCAGCGCGGCACGCCACUCUCUCCAAGCUGUCGAGGAAGAGCGCAACGCCCGUCUUCGCGUCGAAGCUGAGCGCGCCCACCUUGAGGCUCGCAUGGCUGCGCUUAACAACGCGAACAAGAAGAAGAAGGGCGGCUUCAACUGCUUCUAA